AUGAACGAUACCGAGAAAGGCGUGCAGCCCGGUUCGCCACCACACGAGCAUGGCUUUGUCGAGUCCCCUACCAGCUCCGUCCCGCUCGACAAGGACGUCGCUAUUGGUCUCGUGGGUGAACAUGCGCGCGAGAUCGACCCGGCGGAUGAGGCCAAGGUGCUCAGGAAGAUCGACUGGUUCAUGAUUCCCGCCAUGAUUGUGGGCUACGGACUGGUGUACUACGACAAAGCUAUCCUUGGAUCUGCGGUCUUGUUUGGUAUGACCAAGGACCUGUCUCUGACCGUGGUCAACACCAGCACUACGCCGCCUACGACUAGCACUCAGCAUCUUAGUUGGGCUACGUCGAUGUUCUACUUUGGCAUGCUGGCUGGGCUUUACCCAAUGACCUUUGCGCUGCAGAGGUUCAACAUUGGAAGGAUCCUCGGUGGUGUGGUUGUUGUGUGGGCCUGCAUCUGUAUGUUGACGGCCGCAGUAACGACUCAUGAAGGGUUGUACGUGCAGAGAUUCUUCUUGGGCUUCGUAGAGAGUAUCGUCCCUACAGGUUUCAUGUGCAUCGUCAGCGGGUAUUACACGCAAGAGGAGCAAGCAUUGAGACAGUCCUGGUGGUUCGCGUCAACUGGUCUCUUCACCAUCAUCGGCGGCGCCCUCAACUAUGGCUUUGCGCAAAUCACCGGCGGCGCCCUGCACAGAUGGCAGUACAUAUACCUGCUGGCCGGCUGCCUCACAUUCCUCUUCGGCAUCUGGUGUUUCUUCAUCCCCAACUCGCCCGCCUCCGCCUGGUUCCUCACCCCCGCGGAACGCAUCGUAGCCGUAGAACGCCUGCGACGCGGCCAAACGGGCGUUCGCUGCCAGAAGAUCAAACUCUUGCAGCUUCGCGAAGCGUUUCUGGAUCUCAAGCUCUGGCUCGUCUUCAUUCUCAUGGCAUCCGCGUACACCGUCAACGGCGCGGUAUCCGGUUUCGGCCCGCUGAUUGUGAGCACAUUCGGCUGGUCGACGCUGCAGAGUAUUCUCUGGCAGUUCCCGCUCGGCGCUCUGUGUCUCAUCACCAUCCUGCUCUGCGGCUACCUCUCGAGCAAAAUCCCUAAUAUCCGCCUCAUUCUCUUGAUAGUCCAUUGCCUCCCCGUCAUCGCCGGCUGUGCAAUGAUAUGGAAAAGCUCCUGGACGUACCACGCUGCUACACCCGUAGCUGGAUACUCCAUCAUCGGCACGUUCGGCGCCGUGGUGUCGCAGACCAUCGUCGUGGGGAUGAGCAAUGUGGCGGGCGCGACGAAGAAGAGCGCCAUGGCCGCGGCGAUUUUCGUAGCAUACUGUGUGGGUAAUAUUGUCGGCCCGCAGCUUAUCAAGAGUCAAACUAAAACACAGCACUAUCCGGAGCUCUGGUCGGGGCUGAUUAUCUGUUACUGCAUCACCAUUGUGGCUGCUGUGGCGCUGUACGUGGUCCUGAUGAGGGAGAACAAGAAGAGGGAGGCGCUGCCCGUGGAUGAGGAUGAGAGGGACAAGAUGGCAUUUAUGGAUCUGACGGACAAGCAGAACAAGUACUUCAGGUACGUGUUGUAG